UCGUCAGUCGAAUUCAACUCUCAUCUUGCUCCUUUAGUAACUAAGUCUCGAAGUAAAAUGCAUGAAAUGGCUAUCAAGCAAAGGCUUAUUACUGAUCAGGAUCCUCGUGGAAAUGGCUUUGUACAAUUAUCAGCUGAAGAAAAGCGAACAUUACUACAAGAAGGAUUUAAUCUUCCAAUUCAUUUACCGCUUAGCAAAGCUGAAGAAGAUGCACUUAAAGUCGUUCGAAGGAAAAUUAAAAACAAGUUAUCUGCUCAAGAAAGCCGACGAAAGCGCAAAGAAUAUGUUGAUUCUUUAGAAAAAAAGCUUCACGGCUAUUUCAGCGAGAAUUUAUCGCUUCAAAUAAAACAGCUCGAAGAAAAUAACAAAAAUCUCUUAAUGCAACUUAAAAUAUUGCAAGCUUCACCUGAUACUAUGCACGGUUUAUGA